GUAAUGUAAGGAAACCAAUUGAGGCAAUGAGGCUGAUUUUAACAACAUUUGCUGGAGCUAUGUUUGGCUUCUUUUUAGGACUAAUGUUACCAAAUCUUUCAGCUAAGAUGAAUCUCCCAUCCACCGUAUUUCCUUCCAUUAUUCUUUCAACUCAAGCACUCUUCAAUGCUGUGAAUUCUUUCAAGGCUCAUAUGGUUGUCUCAGCGCCAUCUAACAAAAUCAAUCGACCAAAGAUAUGGAUUCCAACAAAUCCAAAGGGUGCUGAAGGACUUCCCCCUGGUAUAGUUUCUCCUAUAUCGAAUAUAUAUCUUCGUCGAUUAUGGGGUAAGCCAAGUGAGGACUUAGCCAUCGCUCCAAAGUACCUUGUAGCGUUUACUGAUGGUUAUAAACAGAAAAAAAGCGUUAAUGCAGCUGUACAAAAGGGCAGUCCUCUCUCUCAUUACUCUCGUUCAAACAUGUACACACGUAUGCUCUAUGUUACCGUGAUUCUUCAUCUUCAAGUAUUUGUGACCGACAUUUAUUCAAACAUGGGCAAAUAG